AUGGAAAUUGGCAUUCAUGAACCGGCAAAUAUACCAUGCAACAAGUGCCAACAAUUGAAAAAGGCUUUUCUUCCAAGUCUCACGACAGACUGCAAUUUUCCAUGCCGACCCUGGAAGAUAAAGCAGAAGCAGAAGCUCAAGGACCGUUCGAACAGCGUCGAUGGUGCAUUUCCACGGGACAAAGCUAUCUUCGUGUCUAUGCCCAUAUAGUACAAGGCAAUCCUACUCAUCCUGGCGUCCAUGGUGCAUCUUCUAGAAGCUCUUCUAAAAUUUUGCGACGCGGAAAAGCCGACAACGCAGGGAUAAGUCUUGUCAUGUCACUUUCAAGGUUCACCUUGAAAGGUUUAUCUUAAAGAAAAAGCCAAGUAUUCAAG